GGCGGGUAGAAGAAGUUCACUGAUUGGUGAACAUUUUUUUCAUUAAGUUCAACAAUUUUCGAAAUAAGACUAAAUGGGAUAUUAUCAAAUCCCAAAUUCUAAUAAUUGGACAUAUUGAAAAAUUAUUAAAGUACUGAUAUACACGUGAAAAUUGAUUCAUCAUAACAAAGGACAGUGAAUCAAGAUUGAGAAUAGUGUAAACAGGAAAGAAAUAUUUAAUGCAUAAAAUAAUGUCAACGUUAAUUAGUUUUACGCAAUAUAAAUAAUUAAGUAGGAUAAUUUGGUAAAAUAUGGAAUUGAUUACGAUAGAGUUAAGACCACGACUUCAAUCAUGUACAGUUUUUCUUUUUAUGAAAAAUUCCAUAACUUUAGAUGAAAUUAAAAUCAAAUUGUUGGAAGCAAAUAUUAUGUUGUCGAUAGGUGAUAAUGUAACAUAUAUUACAUUACCAAAUAUAAAAAUUAUACCAACAUCAUUAUCUUCCUUAAAUGUAAUAGAUAAGUGGGUAUGUUUUCGUUUACAUACACAACCAUCAGAUUCUGAAUUUGGAUCAUUUCAAAGAGAGGUUAUAACGAAUGCAAAAUCACAAAUUAAUAAUAUAGAAAGUAAGAAAAAGAUAUUAUUAAAAAAUUCGAAAUCUACGAUAUUGUGUAAAUGUUGUAAGAACGUACUUUCUAAAGAGAUUACUUUUCAAAGAGUUUUACCAUUUCCUAACAUUGAUUUUGAUCCAUCCGAAUGGUUUUGUAGUAAAACAGAUAUUAAUUUAACUUUGCUGUUGCUUCCCAAUGAAUUGGAUAUUUUUUACGGUCCAUUUUUUGCAAUUGUACAUAGUAAUAUUUUGUAUAAUUAUAGACGAAUGGAAAAAGAUAUUUUAUGUAACAGAUGUUUGUUGAACAUAGGAAUUCAGGACAAAAAUAAUUCUUUUAAAAUAUGGGAUUGUUGCAUCGAUUAUAACUUGAAGACCGAUCAAAUAAUUAUCCAAGAAGCAUCCAAUCCCCUUGACGAUUUUAUUGCAGUUAUUAAAAGUUUCAUUAGAAAUAAUACGUUUGGCGAAAUUAUUCUAGAAUGUUUAUUAGCUAAACAAUCUCAUUACAUGGUAAUUAAACCGAUGGAUAUGCGAUUAGGAAUACUUACAGAAGAAAAUGUCAAAUCUACCGAUAAUAAGAUUAAUUUAAAAGAAAGUUUUGUUACCAAAGUAUUGUACAAAUAUAGUACAGAUAAAAUAAUUUUAUCUGAGGAUUGUAUUAACACAAAAAAUUAUGAAGUUAGUUUGUCCAUGAUCGAAGCUGGAUUAGAUUAUUUAUUACUAUCGACUAAACGUUUUCCAAAACAUUAUAAAACUAUCAAGGAUUAUUAUAUUGGUUAUAUAAAUAUAGAAUAAACUGAUUAA